CGGGGCGGGCGCUUUUCAGGCCGGGGCGACGCGAGCGGCUGAGGGGAAUGCGCUGGGGCGAUGGUGCCGCCGGCCGGCGCCCGGCUGCCCCCGCGCUGCGGAGGGAGCCUCCUCCUCCUCCUCUCGCUGCUCCUGCUGGCGCCGCCGCUGUGCCCGGGCCGGUACCCGCCGCGCCGCGCGCCCGUAGUGCUCGUUCCUGGGGACUUGGGUAAUCAGUUGGAAGCAAAGUUAGAUAAGCCGUCAGUAGUGCACUAUCUCUGCUCUAAGAAGACAGACAGUUAUUUUACACUCUGGCUGAAUUUAGAGUUGCUUCUGCCUGUUAUCAUUGACUGCUGGAUUGAUAACAUCAGGCUGGUAUAUAACCGAACAAGUAAGACUACGGAACCACCUGAUGGAGUGGAUAUCAGAGUGCCAGGUUUUGGGCAGACUUUUUCCUUGGAAUUCCUUGACCCAAGUAAAAGGAGUGUUGGCAGUUACUUUUAUAUGCUGGUGCAGAGUUUAGUGGACUGGGGCUACAAACGUGAUGAAGAUGUAAGAGGAGCACCUUAUGACUGGCGUAAAGCACCAAAUGAGAACAAAGACUAUUUUGUGGCCCUUCGCAAGAUGAUAGAGUUAAUGUAUGAGCAGUAUGGGAGCCCUGUCGUCUUGAUUGCCCACAGUAUGGGAAAUAUGUACACCCUCUACUUCCUCAACCAUCAGACUCAGGAUUGGAAAGACAAGUACAUAAAGGAUUACGUGUCACUAGGUGCUCCAUGGGGAGGAGUGGCUAAAACUCUCCGUGUACUGGCUUCAGGUGACAACAAUAGAAUUCCUGUUAUCAGCUCACUCAAGAUUAGAGACCAGCAGAGAUCAGCAGUUUCCACAAAUUGGAUGCUCCCCUACAACUACACAUGGCCUCCAGAUAAGGUCUUUGUGAGCACACCUACAGCUAACUACACUCUUCGGGAUUAUCAGAAAUUCUACAGGGACAUUGAUUUUGAGGAUGGCUGGCUCAUGAGACGGGACACCGAACACCUGGUCUACCAGAUGACACCACCUGGGGUGCACAUACAUUGUCUUUACGGUACUGGCGUGGAAACACCCGAUUCCUUCCAUUAUGAAAGCUUUCCUGACAAAGAACCCAAGAUUGUCUACAGCGAUGGGGAUGGUACAGUAAACUUGCAGAGUGCCUUGCAAUGUCAAAAGUGGAGGGACAUGCAAAAACAGAAAGUGGUGAUGUUUGAGCUUUCAGGAAAUGAGCAUAUUCAAAUGCUAUCUAAUGAUACUACUAUCUCCUAUGUGAAAAAGCUGCUUUUUGGUUUGUGAUACCUUGUGUUGACAGUUAUUUUCCUCACCUGUGAUGCCUUUCCAUGUAUGCGGGGAAAAUGCCUUUUAAUCCCUUGAUAUUUAGAUAUUUGAAUAAUUUAUUUUUGGUUUCUUUUUUUUUUUUUUUUUAAGGCUGUGGUCAAGAAGUUGUUUGGUGUCAUAAAUGAUUGUUUGUGUCUGAUUUGUCUUUAUGAUGCUUCGUGGUAUUUUCACAUUCUGCAUAUUUGGUCAAACACGCAUUUGGUGUUGUGUCCAAUAUUCAUACAGACUUUCAUUCGGAGAUUGUGCAGCCCCUUGCAAAUACUACAUAGAAUCCUAGAUACUCAAGUUCCUUUGUGUGCUCUUUGCAGAGUUUGGAAUGGGAAGGCUAGGAAGGAUUGCCAUUUCAGAAGCCAUAAAACAAGGAAAUGACAUUAAUUUGAGAAGCACAGUAAACUGUUAGACUCUUGCAUAUUCCACUCCACAGUUCCCAGCACUUUAAUUUGAAAAUGUGCGUAUCUACAAGGUAAGACAGGAAGGGAUCUGCCUGGUACUGUACCACCUUCGUCAUAUCCAGCUUUGCUUUUGCUACAGCUUUGGGGGAAAAAGAUAGAUGUGAUAGUUACUUGAAGCUUCUUAAGAACCUUUUUGGGUUAGGUUUUUUUUUUUGUGGUUUUUUUUUUUGUUUGUUUUUUUGUUUUAAAGGAAGAAAUUGUUUGCUCAUCAGUUUCUAGAGCCAGCUAAUUUACAGUCUGGAGUCUGAGGAACUUUCACCUUGUGCUUUAUUUAUCAAUGAGGGAAGAAGCUAAACAGUGAUUGGUGCUUGCAAUAACUGUAGCCAUGUGGAGUAGCACAUAAGUUAAAGCUAAUUGAAUUGCAUACUGGCAAACAAUCCAUACAGUGCAGAAUUGAAUUCUGGGUGAAAAAUGGUCUCCUGUAGUGGGAACAAUAAUGGAUGGUGGGCAUUAAUUAAAAAAGAAAAGUGAACUUCCUGAAACAGGGGGUGGGUAAUGGAAGCCAGCAUAGUACAGGGUAAAGUGUGAAGUGUAAGCCUUGCUCUUAGUCAGAUGAUUAUGCUCUGAUCCAAGCAGUGAGUGGAUCAACAUUGCAUUCAGCGGAAGAGAAACUUUACAUUUUAAGACUAAAAAUCACUUUCCGUGGAUCACAAGUUUCAUUAUUGUGGUUUCAGGAAGUUGGGAAAGGCUGCUCCUUAAAUGUUUAUAUAAAUUACUGAAUGUGCAGUUUCAUUUCCUACAGUUUUGGUUUUACUCAAUAUUUUAAAAAAAAAUUUCAACUCUGAAUGCUGCAGAAAUGACAGCCUAAAGGGCAUCGUAUUUACAACCCUGAUUAUGGAAAUGCUGUUGGACAAAUAGUUUCAAUUGGAGAUUCUUUUGCUUGCUUUGAAACCAGCCCCCCACUUAGACUGCACUUAGUUGUCUGAAAACACAAUUUUGAAUGCUUUCAAAAUGCUAGGUCUUCCAAGGAAAAUGUCUUAAGAGUUUCAGAAACUCAUCAGGACUGUGGAUUCAUGAUUUAAGAGACUGAAGUUGUCCAAAGGGUAAAGUUUUUAACUACAUUUUGGUAGUGUGCAUAAAAUGUUUGCUGCUGGCAAAUGUAUCAGUAAGGUGUGUUGAAAUGACAGGCUAGAACCUGUGUUCCUGUAGAAUGCAAACGUUUUGGCACAGGAGGUAGGUUUAAAGAUUUAAGUUUUAAUUCAGGAAUUACUUGUAACUCUAGAACAACUUGAACUAGGGACAUGGAUAAGCUAUAUAUUUUCCUAGGUAUAACUUCCUUAUGUAGCUUCAUUUUUCCCGCUGCAUUUUCCCUAUUACUUUCUUUGAGGGACAGGACACAUAUUCCAGAUUUUUAAAGUGGAACGUUCAUCUUGUCAUCAGUUGCCCAGGAACAUACAGUUCAGCAGCAACAUUGCCCAGACUUUUCCAGAGUAAGUGCUGAGUUGCCCCAAGCCAUUUGUAAUUGGUAACUAUUGCAAUAAGAAAAACAAAAUGACAACAAAAAAUACCCUUUAGCCAAAGUGUUCUGUUUAAUGCGGGUCUGUCAGAUGGAGAAGCUUCAGGCUUGUGUUCCAAGACUGCUUAAAUAUAAAGCUCUUCCUGUGGUCUGACUCUGUUUUUGAAUAGAUUUGGUAUAUUAUCAGUUUACAACAGAAAAAAAUUGCAGAAAACAGCUUAUCACAAGUAUUCCUUGCUGCAGUAGAAUGCCUGAUAAGCACCAGCAUGAGUAGAGCUGGAGGCUGUAUGCAUGUUACCAACAUGGGCAUCAAGGGCUGAAAAAGUGAGGGGAAACAAAAACAUAGGCAGACAGUUCUUAACCUGAUCUGGAUAAUGUUUCUAAGCUUCCUGUAUAUCCUUACCGUUAAUCAGUGGCAUUUUUGGCCUCAUGCCAAGAGCUAGCUUCAGGAGGUUUUGUGAUUUGAAGCACAGAAAUACACUAUUCCAAAAGUUGCUCCUUUUUUUUUAUUUAUUUUUUUACUGUUUUUUAACAUUACCCUUUGUGCCCCAAAAGAAAAAAGUCUCUCUUUAUUCCUUUCUGAUUUUCAGCUUAGUACUAUGUUUGAGAUCAAUUGAUUGCAUCUUUUAAUGUAAAGAUUUGCAUAUCAGCUUUCCAUUAGUAAACAAGCCCUACAGUGUCUCUCUUUAAGUAAAUUCAUGGUAGAUAACCUGGUUAAAUGAAGCCGAAAGUUUUUUCGGGGCUUUUUUGGUUUUCUGUUGUUUGUUCCUGUAAAGCCUCAUUAUGCAAGAAUUGUGUUCCAAGUACUGCACUAAGGCAAGCAUAGUGAUCGUGGUGAGACUUUGAAUGAGAUGGAUGCUACAGACUGUAGUUCUUUUUUAUGUCCAGAACUUGUGAUUUUUCUACCAAACCAUCUUCAACCCUUUCCUUUUCAAUUUUUUUGCAUAUUGGGACAGAGCUCUCAUUGAAAAGUGAGCACAGCAAGUACUACAUAGUUUGGUUUUAACGACUUUAACCUAUUGAGUGAAGUUAUUCAAGUGCUUGAUACUAUGACAUGUUCCUCUACAAGGCAAGAGUGUUUACCAUUCCUGUUGCAAGCCUGCUAGAGCCACGUGCACCUGAGCAUCCUAGAUUCUUGAAGGGUGAGAUAUCUGAGGAAACAAAUCUUUAAGGAGAGACUGUGGCACUUAAGAGGAGUAAUUUGAGUGCUUUGCCACACUGCACAGUUGAAAUAUUUGAAUUUACUGACAGGUCUUUGUUUUACCUAGCACAUCUGGAUCAUCUCUUUCCAUAAUUUUUACUUGGUUUUAUUCUUCCAGGAUCUUUUCAGAAACCAAAAAUAGUCUUGAGGACCAAAUGUUUCUUAAUUUUGACAGAAUACGUAGAAAAUGCUGAAGAAGCUUUCAGCUCUCAUUGUAAUUCUUCUGAAGAGGUUCAGAGUCACUAUGUGAUUCUGGUUAAAAACAGAAGGCUUCAAUAAUUAGCAAUAAUUGCAAAGGACUUGCAGACCAAAGGAAGGAAUGUAUUAAGCUAGUUCUUGGAGCACGGUGUGUUCAAGGCCCUCUUAAAUUCAGGGAAUGUUUGGCAAUGACUUUGCUGCUCUACACUUAACAGUAUUUUGUAUGGAACAUAUUCUGAGACCUAGCAUUUUAUAUGCUCUUCUCGUGUAUGAAUGCAUUCAAUAGACUUUGAAUAUUUUAUUGUCAAACUUUGAUAACAUAAUAAAGUUGAUCUAAUACA